UGAUUGGUCAAACGGGGACAUUCUCCUACACGCACUCAGAGUCUUCUUACCACAGCCGAACCGUCGCAUCUGUCUUGUCUCCAGACGGGCCAACCAAGCCGUCGUACACAAAGCACUCCCAUGAAUAGUUGACAUUUGCGACCUAAUCGAAGUCCCAAGGAAGAUUUACUUCAAGAUAUCAUCAUUUAAGCGAGAGUAUCUCCACCACUUUGUCUGUAGGUGACUGUCCGCCAUGUUGUCCAGGUUGAGGACAUCGCUGCCCAUCCGGCCGUGUGUCUCUGCGUGUCGAUGGGCUCACACCAAGGACAAGGGCAAGCCCCUAAUGCUCAACCCACGCACCAACAAGGGCAUGGCUUUCUCCCUCCAGGAACGCCAGAUUUUGGGCAUUCAGGGUCUCCUCCCUCCCAAAGUGGAGACCCAGGACAUUCAGGCCUUGCGCUUCCAGAAUAACCUAAAGAAAAUGUCGGAUCCUCUGCAGAAGUACAUCUAUCUGAUGGGCAUCCAGGAGAGGAACGAGAGGUUGUUCUACCGAGUGCUGAUGGAGGACAUAGAGGAGCUCAUGCCCAUAGUGUACACGCCCACAGUGGGCCUGGCCUGCACGCAGUACGGACACAUCUUCAGGAGACCCAAAGGCUUGUUCAUCUCCAUUCUGGAUCGCGGACACGUCCGCUCCAUUCUGGACAACUGGCCUGAGACCAACGUUGCCGCAGUAGUAGUGACGGACGGAGAGCGUAUCCUGGGCCUGGGAGACCUUGGUGUGUUUGGUAUGGGGAUCCCGGUGGGCAAGCUGUGCCUGUACACGGCCUGCGCUGGCAUCAGGCCUGAGAGAUGUCUGCCCGUGGUGAUCGACGUGGGCACAGACAACGAGUCCCUGCUGCGGGACCCGUUCUACAUGGGCCUGUACCAGAAGAGGGACCGCACGCAGGCCUACGAGGACUUGCUGGAUGAGUUCAUGGAGGCCGUGGUGGACAAAUACGGCCAGGACACACUGAUCCAGUUUGAGGACUUUGGGAACCACAACGCCUUCCGCCUAAUGAGGAAGUACAAGGAGAAGUACUGCACAUUCAACGAUGACAUCCAGGGCACCGCAGCGGUGGCCCUGGCUGGUCUAUUGGCAGCUCAAAGAGCCAUCGGCAAACCAAUCACGGAGCACCGGGUGCUGUUUCUGGGAGCUGGAGAGGCUGCCCUGGGCAUCGCUAACCUGAUUGUCAUGGCGAUGAUGGAGAAAGGGCUGACUCAGGCCGAAGCCAGGGACAAAAUCUGGAUGUUCGACAAGCAUGGAUUAUUAGUAAAGGGCAGACCUCAGGAGACCGAUGGCAACCAGGAGGCGUUUGUCCAUGACAGCCCAGGGACGGUAAACAACUUUUUGGAUGCUGUCAACACCCUCCAACCCACAGCCAUCAUAGGUGUGUCGGGAGCGGGGCGGCUGUUCACGCAUGAUGUCAUCAAAGCCAUGGGUACCCUGAACGAGCGACCAAUCAUCUUCGCCCUGAGUAACCCCACCACCAAAGCAGAGUGCACUGCGGAGGACGCCUACACGCUCACCAACGGAAGAUGUCUGUUUGCUAGUGGGAGUCCCUUUGACGCGGUGACCCUGAACGAUCGGGUGUACAUCCCAGGACAGGGAAACAACGCCUACAUCUUCCCAGGAGUUGCCCUGGCGGUGAUUCUGAGUGGCGUAAGGCAUAUCAGUGAUACAGUGUUCCUGGAAGCUGCCAAGACCCUGGCAGAGCAGGUGUCCGAUAACGAGCUGCAGGAGGGGAGACUCUACCCUCCUCUCUCCGAAAUCAGAGAGGUGUCUCUCCAGAUGGCUGUUAAGGUGGUGGAGUAUGUGUACGCUAACGGCAUGGCGUUCCGCUACCCCGAACCCGCGGACAAGGACACCUUCGUACGAGCCACCGUCUGGGACACAAACUAUGAAUCCUACCUACCCGACAUCUACGAGUGGGAGGGUGUCGACUUCAACCCCAAGAAGGACUGAACAGAAGAGGCCAACACACGACCCUGAGGGCGGCCCAUCACGCCCUCACACGUCCUCACACUUCCUCACACACUCGCCCUGCUCUGCUCUCCUUUCACCUCAGAUCCUGGAUCACAGUGGGAAUCAAAAGGCAGUUGACGUUAUUUGACAUGUCCUUCUCAAUUGCCAUCUUUAAAUAUAAGAUAUUUUGUUAUUAUAGAUUUGUUUUAGAUUGGCAAGCUCAUUAGGUUUUGGAAAACGUUAUAUAUUUUUUGAAAAAGAUUAAGCUCAGUGGAACCAAUGCUUUGAUCUGACCACAGUUAGUUUUUGAUGGUCCAGAUGAGAAACUCCGCUGGGGGCCAGGAGUGGCAGAGAAAGAGUGUGAAUGGAUUUGAUUGAGGAUGUUCGGGACCCAGAGAUGAAAAUUACCUUUUUGUUUGUGGGCGGGACCCUAUUUUCAGGGACAGAUAAUGAACAAAUAGACACUCCGUUGAGAUAACUCCAAAUGAAAAGCCAACAUGCUGCAAAAGGGAUUUCAGUUCAGUGCAUUGUUUUAUUGUUGUUUCUCCGAAUGUUGUUCUACAGUGUUUGUUUUUUUGUCUCGAAUGUCAACCCUUGUUUUAGCAUUGUGCUAUGUUAGUUAUGUAAUCUCCCCUUUAUUCAUAAUGUUCCACUAUAUGUGUAACAAACACUCCUUGUGUAGGUUCUGAUUAAGAGUGCAGCUAAAUGGAUAACGCAUAUAGUAUAAUAAAAAUGUAUUUUGAACGUUUUGGAUGACAUUUACGUUCUGAAUAUGGAAACCAUUUUGAGGGACGGAUAA